UAAAAGUUUCACUGCAGUUACUGACCCACGCAGCAGCACGAGAGAGCAAGAUGACGACUUACACCGACAAAGGCGAGAAGCAUGAGCAGGGAAAAUUCCUCUGCUUCGACCACCUGACCUUCUGGGUUGGAAAUGCAAAGCAGGCUGCCUCCUAUUACUGUAACAAGAUGGGAUUCGAACCUGUGGCAUACAAGGGUUUGGAGACAGGAUGUCGUGAUGUUGUGUCUCAUGUGGUGAAGCAAGGAAAGAUCAUGUAUGUUUUUUCGUCUGCCCUGAACCCUGGAAACAAAGAGAUGGGGGACCAUCUAGUCAAGCAUGGUGACGGAGUGAAAGAUAUUGCAUUUACAGUGGAGAACUGUGACUUUCUGGUGGAGAAAGCUCGUGAGCGAGGUGCAACCAUCAUAAAAGAGCCUUUCACUCUGGAGGACAAGUUUGGUAAAGUCAGGCUGGCUGUUCUUCAGACGUACGGUGACACAACUCACACGCUUGUGGAGAGGAACGGCUACAGAGGACUCUUUCUACCAGGCUUCAGUCCACCUCUGUUCCAGGACCCUCUUCUGGCUAAACUACCUAGUGGCAAGCUGGACUUCAUCGAUCACGUGGUAGGGAACCAGCCGGACGAUGAGAUGGUUCCAGUGGUGGAAUGGUAUCGGCAGAACCUCCUCUUUCACCGCUUCUGGUCGGUGGAUGACAAGCAGCUUCAGACCGAGUUCAGCGCCCUGCGCUCCAUCGUGGUGGCAAACUACGAGGAGACUGUGAAGAUGCCCAUCAACGAGCCUGCCAUGGGGAAAAGAAAAUCCCAAAUCCAGGAGUAUGUGGAGUACUACGGAGGGGCCGGAGUGCAACACAUCGCCAUGAACACCUCAGACAUCAUCGCAGCAAUUCGCAACCUGAAGGAACGUGGAAUGGAGUUCAUGUCUGUGCCGGACACCUACUACCAGCAGCUCAGGGAGACGUUGAAGCACUCAAGUGUUAAAAUCCAAGAAGACCUGGACGUCCUGCAGGAGCUGAAGAUCCUGGUGGACUAUGAUGACAAUGGCUACCUGCUCCAGAUCUUCACCAAGCCGGUUCAGGACCGACCCACCGUGUUCUUGGAGGUCAUCCAGAGACAUAAUCACCAGGGCUUUGGCGCAGGGAACUUCAAGUCUCUCUUCGAAGCCAUCGAGGCGGAUCAGAACGCCAGAGGAAAUCUCACUAUCUUGACAUCGAACGGAGUGUCCGAGAACAUGUGAUCUCAUUUAAUAAAAGCUUCCAG